AUGAUUCUAGUGUUUCUACUAUUAAUAACACUUAUUUAUGGGUUUAAUGUUGGAUUCUCUCCCAAUUAUUAUCAAUUUGGUGAUAAGGUUGAUUUAUUAACUAAUAAAAUUGAAUCUGACAAAACUCAAUUACCUUACAGUUAUCAUAAGUUACCAUUUGUUUGUCCUCCAAUGGAUGGAGCAAAACCUGUUCAUUUAUCAUUAGGUGAAAUUGUAAAAGGUGAUAGGAUAUGGCAAAGUGGUUAUGAAUUAAAAUUUGGUGUAGAUACGCCAUGUAAUAGAUUAUGUGAUUUAAGAGCCAGUGAACGUGGAAUAUCAAGAGCUGAUCAAUUAAUUAAAGAUGGUUAUGUUAUUCAUUGGUUAAUUGAUGGUUUACCAGGUGCUACUACAUUUGAAAGUUCAAAUCAAAGAAAUAAAUAUUAUGCUGCUGGUUUUCCCCUAGGUUUUGUAAAUCAAGGAAUUAGUUAUAUAUAUAAUCAUGUAAUGUUAGUUAUUAGAUAUCAUCGUGAAAAACAAGGAAAUGUUAUAGUUGGAUUUGAAGUAUAUCCUAAAUCAGUUAUAAAUGAAGAAUGUCCAGGUUCUUCAAAAGAUUUUCAAAAUUUUGCAUUGAAAUAUAGAAAUGAUAAACAGGGGAAUUUAAUUAAAGAAAAAACAUUAAUACCGUAUACUUAUUCAGUUUAUUGGAGAGAAGAUAAAUCUAUAGAUUAUGAAUCAAGAUGGGAUUUAUAUUAUGAAAAUGAUUCUGGUCAUGUUCAUAUUCAUUGGAUUUCAUUUAUUAAUUCAUUAAUUUUAAUUGCACUUGGUUCGUUAAUUGUUCUGAUUGUUUUAAUAAAAGUUUUAAAAAAAGAUAUAAAAUCACCAGCUACAUUACCUAUUAAUAAAGAAGAACCAAGCUGGAAAAAUUUAAUAAAUGAAGGUAAUUCAUCACCACCUGGGGUUUUAUAUUUAACAAUUUUAGUUUCUGGUGGUAUUCAAGUACUCAUUACUGCAAUUGGAAUUGUAACAUUAUUGACUUUACCUUAUCAUCAAAGUGCAUUUGCAUUAUCAAUAAUUUGUUUUAUACUAUCUGGUUUAAUUAGUUCAUAUAUUGGAAUGGUUCUUCAUAAAGUUUUUAACAAUGAUAAUUUAAAUCAACCUUAUGAUAAUUUUAAAUCAAUUAUAUUAUCAUUAUGUUUUACUGCUGCUAUUCCAGUAGCUAUAUUUUUAUUUAUUUUAAUUUUAAAUUUCUUUGUAUGGUUUAAAGAAGCUUCAACCGCAUUACCAUUUGGUACUAUAAUUGUAUUUAUAUUAAUUUUUAUACUUAUUCAAUGUCCAUUUGGUAUAAUAGCUGGAACAUAUGGAAAUAAAAAGAAAUUUGAUGUUAAAUCACAACCCAGUGAAAAAUCAAAAUCAAUAUUAAGUUUUAGACAGACAAUUUCAACAUAUUUUAAAAGAGUUGUAGUUUAUGGAUUAAUACCGUUUGGUAUUGUUUAUGUUGAAUUAUUAUUUAUCUUUAACUCAGUUUGGCUAGAGAAAACUACAUUUUAUUACAUGUAUGGUUUCCUUUUUAUAACUACUAUAAUGCUUAUUAUUAUCAUUAUGCAAUCAUCGAUUAUAUCCAUCUAUAUUUCAUUAGUCAUUUAUAAUGAUCCAAACUGGUAUUGGUUAUCAUUUCAAGUAGGUUCGAGUAUUGGAUGGUAUAUUUACAUUUAUUCAAUUUAUUACUUUUUCAAAUAUUUAAAUGUUGAUGAUUUUGUAAGUAUAUUAUUAUAUUUUAGUUAUAUGGGUAUAGCGAGUUUCUUAAUUGGAGUUGCUGGUGGAGCUAUUGGAGUUUUAACUGGGUUAAUUUUCAUACGAAGAAUUUAUAGAGCAAUUAAAUUAGAAUAA